AGACGACUCGCUUAACUUUGUCCCUCCGUGGCUCCAGUAGCAGCUCUUCCGGUAGAGAUACUGUACGCUAGCGGUUUGAGUGAAGGUCGUGAGUCCAACCUGUGAUCCACCAUGUCUCUGCCAAAGCCUGUGAUGAGGGGGAUGCUGGCAAAGCGUCUGAGGUUUCACCUGCCCAUUGCUUUUGCUUUGUCCAUUGGGGCUGCCAUAGCAUUCAAGUUCACAGUGACAGAGCCCAGGAAACAGGCCUACGCUGAGUUCUACAAGCAGUAUGACUCCGUCAAAGAGUUCAACGCCAUGAGGGAAGCCGGCAUCUUCGAGAGUGUGCGGCCCUCUGGGGAGUAAACCCACUGUGAGUCUUAUCAAGGCUCUUCUCCUCCGUCAUUCGUUCCUGGUCUGAAGAUGAAGUUCAGUCUCGCCCUCUUGGAUGUUAUUUACUGAUUAGAUGUGAACUUCGCUAUGCUGAUUUGUUCCUCUAAAUAAAAUAUUCUGUUAAUGUA